AUGGUAUCUUUGAACAUUCUCAAAGCUUUGACUUGUUUCAACUCGGCACAGAGCAUCUUACCCCCUUUGCCAGCCACUCAUCCAGUCACGCCAAAGCUGACCGGCGAACCCUGCAUCCAAGUCGAUGGAGUAUGGAGCAUCACCGAAGAUUGUGUUGAUCCUCUCUACUCCCGGCCCAUCAUCGACAACGAGACCCAUGAGACGUUACCAAUCCCUCAUCUUCGAAUCUCGGGACAUUUUGACGGGACCGCUGUCGAAUUCAACAUCUAUCUUCCCGAUAGCGGAUGGAAGGGUCGCUUCUUCCAACUCGUCUAUCCAUUACAAAACUCAACUGCGUCUGAUCGAGAGAUUGGCUUUGGAGCAGAUAGCGGAGGCUAUACCGUUCGUGCUUCCGGUCUACCAACUUACCGUGGUGAUGCAGCUGCAGCAAAGUUUGGCAUGAUGGUCGCACGGGGGUACUACAAGCCUAAGAACAAUAAGAUCCAUGGGUAUAUCUAUGGAGGUAGUGGUGGAUCUCUUAUCACUGUUGGGGCGAUGGAGAAUACGAUUGGUAUUUGGUCUGGCGCUCUGACUCUUGUCCAAGCUGUACCAGUUUCCAUCAACAAUUGGUCUAUUCGCGCUCUCACAGGUCUUGUUCUUCAGAAUAAGAGUGCUGAGAUUGAGGAAGCGCUUAGACCCGGUGGUAGUGGUGACGUCUACUCGAAGUUGAACCCGGCCGAGAGGACCGUCUUUGAAGAAGCCACGGCCCUUGGUGUCCCUAUCAGAGGGUGGGAGAGCUUCCACGAAACUGGGGCUUCUGAGGCACUCUGGGAGGCCAUAAGAAGCGUAUCCGGUGCAGCUGUGUUGAAAAUGGAUCCUACGUACGUGGAUGACGUCUGGAAUAAGCCAGGAUACUUGGGCACCGAAAAGUCCAAGCUUGGGGAUAUAUUUCGCAAGGAGAUGCUUGACUACGAGACUUUGAUCACUUCUUUCAAGUAUGACGCCAACAACGUACCUAUUGAGCUCACUCUCGACGCGGCACCUACCUCAACGAGGACUUACUGGUUGGACAUCAGUAUUGUAUCCAAGGACGGUGAAGUACUUGGCAAAGUCACUGGCAAGGGUCACGAUAACAGUACCGAAAAGACUGUUACACUUCACCCCAAUAAUGACCUCGCCGUCCUCUCCUUUCUUCAAAAGGGAACUCGAGUUCACAUUAGCAACCGAAUGUUUCUCGCCAUGCAUGCACUCCACCGUUACUCAGUCCCUAAGCGCUCAGGCUUUUAUGGCUACGCCUAUCUCCGAGAUUUCAACGGAGCACCGAUAUAUCCUCAGCGUUCUGUCCUAGUAGCGGAGCAGAUAGCAAGGUCUGCUAGUGGUGGCGCUACAUUUUCGGGCAAGUUCAACGGCAAGAUGAUCGUCAUGGACAAUCUGAUGGACGUUGACGCGUUCCCCUGGCAUGCAGAUUGGUACAAGAACCGAGUCAAAGAGGUCUAUGAGGAUGAUAUCGAUGAUAAAUUGCGUCUUCAUUACACUGAGAAUGCAGAUCAUCAAAUAGGCCCUGUUAUAGGUUCCAAGAGCUUCAGAGUAGUGGAUUUUACCGGCAUUUAUGAGCAGCAUCUGCGAGACUUGAGUGUUUGGUGCGAAACAGGGACAUACCCAAGUAUCCCAACAAAUUACACCAUACACAACGCUCAGAUCCAGCUUCCAGCCUCAGCUUCAGAUAGGAAAGGUCUCCAACCCCCUGUGGAUCCAAGCGUCAACGGUAGCAAACAGGUCGAAGUCAAAACAGGCACUACAGCUAUUUUCACGGUGCGCGUCGAGGUUCCUCCGGGUGCAGGAAAAGUCGUUACCUUGGAGUGGGAUUUUGAAGGGACAGGGAAUUUUGUCAAGAAGAGCUUUGGGGACAUUGCCCAGACUGUUGAGACGACAGUUUGCUAUACUUACAGCCGAAAAGGGAUUUUCUUUCCUUCCGUCAGGGCUGCUUCUCACAGGGAGGGUAGGAUGGAUUCACCUUAUGGCCUGUCUUUAAACUUGGGGAGACUGAGAGUUUCAGUUAAAUAG